CGCGGAGUGAAGGUCACAGUGCGGCUCGUGAGUUCCCUCGCUCUAGAUUCUGUGCGCCUCACGGUCCCCGCCGAGUGUCAGCCCUGCAGGUCUUCCCUCCACAGUCACCCCGCGCUGUGCAGAAGGCGACUGGGCCUGGAUGGUGACUUUUAGGAUGUUCAUGGCCCAGAUUCCACCCCAGGGGACUGUGUGCUCCUUUGGAGGAUUGACUUCUAGAGACUCACAUUACCUGAGGAAGCAGCCCUGAAGAGGAGGAAAAAAGAAGAGGAGUUAGGAAUGGCUGUCACUGAGGGACAGUUGGCAUUCCAGGAUGUGGCCAUCGAAUUCUCCCAGGAGGAGUGGAAGUGCCUGGUUCCUGCCCAGAGGGUGCUGUACAGGGAGGUGAUGCUGGAGACUUACAGGAACCUGGUCUCCCUGGGGAUCUUCCUUCCUGACCUUGGUAUUAUUUCCAUGUUAGAGCAAGGGAAAGAGCCCUGGACUUUGAAGAAUGAAGUGACAGUAGCAAGACAUCCUAGUGGAUGGGACUGUGUCAAAGGUAUGAACACAGAUCUCUCUCCUAAACGCGUAAUUAAAAAAUCACCUUCAAAAAUAAACACCAGCAUAGAGGAGAUAUUCCAGACAGCCAUGCUGGGAAGACAUGAACACCAUGACACGGAAGACUUUUGCUUCAGGGAUGUCCAGAAAAAUGCUUGUGACUUUCAGUUUCAGUGGAAAGAUGGUAAAGGAGAUUGUAAGGGAAUGCCCAUGAUCCAUAAAGGAAGUCACGUGGGUAGAAGAGAUGGUGGCGGUGGACGGGGUGCAGGGAACAAACUUGAGAGUGAUUGGCUUGGGUUGAGCUUUCAGUCAGGUCUGUCUGAACCGCAGCUAUUUCAGUCUGAAGGGAAAACCGAGUGUGGUGAAGCGGAGAAGUCUGUGAACGGUGGUUCCUGGGUUCCACCGCCUCGAAGCAUUCCUUCCAGUGUCAGAACACACGUUUCUCAUGGAUAUGGGGAUGACUUUAUUUAUUCUUCAUUGCUCACACCAAGGCACAAAGCACACACUAGGGACAAACCUUACAGAUGCCAUGAGUGUGGCAAGGUCUUCAGUUACACAUCGUCUCUUGCACAUCAUCGCAGAAUCCACACUGGAGAGAAACUGUACAAGUGCACUGAGUGUGGCAAGGCUUUCUUCAGGCGCUCCUAUCUCUUGGUACAUGAGAGACAUCACACGGGAGCAAAACCUUACAAGUGCAAUGAGUGUGGCAAGGUCUUCACUCAGAACUCACACCUAACAAGUCAUCGCAGAACUCACACGGGAGAGAAGCCGUACAAGUGUGCCGAGUGCGGCAAGGCCUUCAGUGUGCGCUCUAAUCUAACCAACCAUCAGGUGAUCCACACUGGAGAGAAGCCAUACAAGUGCAAUGAGUGUGGCAAGGUCUUCAGCCAGACCUCGAGUCUCGCAAUUCACCGGAGAACUCACACUGGGGAGAAACCGUACCGGUGUAAUGAGUGUGGCAAGGUCUUCAGCUCACACUCAAACCUCAACACCCACCAGGUCAUCCACACUGGAGAAAAGCCCUACAAGUGUUCUGAGUGUGGCAAGGUCUUCACCCAGAACUCACACCUGGCCAACCACUGGAGGACUCACACGGGGGAGAAGCCGUACAAGUGUGCUGAGUGUGGCAAGGCCUUCAGCGUGUACUCGAGCCUGACUACCCACCAGGCAAUACACACGGGGGAGAAGCCAUACAAGUGCAACGAGUGUGGCAAGGUCUUCACCCAGAACUCACACCUGGCAAGUCACCGAGGAGUUCAUAGCGGAGAGAAGCCGUACAAGUGUGAUGAGUGUGGCAAGGUCUUCAGCCAGACCUCGAACCUCGCCAGGCACUGGAGGGUGCACACUGGGGAGAAGCCCUACAGCUGUGCGGAGUGCGGCAAGGCCUUCAGCGUGCGCUCCAGCCUGACGUCCCAUCAGGUGACCCACACUGGAGAGAAGCCGUACAAGUGCAACGAGUGUGGCAAGGUCUUCAGCCAGACCUCGAGCCUCGCAAUUCAUCAGAGGAUUCACACCGGGGAGAAACCGUACCGGUGUAACGAGUGUGGCAAGGCCUUUAACUCACACUCAAACCUCAACACCCACCAGGUCAUCCACACUGGAGAAAAGCCCUACAAGUGUUCUGAGUGUGGCAAGGUCUUCACCCAGAACUCACACCUGGCCAACCAUCGUAGAACUCACACGGGAGAGAAGCCGUACAAGUGUGCUGAGUGUGGCAAGGCCUUCAGCGUGUACUCGAGCCUGACUACCCACCAGGCAAUACACACGGGGGAGAAGCCAUACAAGUGCAACGAGUGUGGCAAGGUCUUCACCCAGAACUCACACCUGGCAAGUCACCGAAGGACUCACACUGGAGAGAAGCCGUACAAGUGUGAUAAGUGUGGCAAGGCCUUUAGUGUGCGCUCGAGCCUGACUACCCACCAGGCAGUCCACACAGGAGAGAAGCCGUACACCUGUAAUGAGUGUGGCAAGGUCUUCAGUCGGAGCUCCAACCUUGCAAGUCAUCGAAGAACUCACUCUGGACUCAAGGCUUACAAAUGAGUGUAGCAAGGUCUUCCUGCAUAGUCCAUUCCUUGCAUGACAUCUUUGCAUUCAUUCUUAAGAGACUUUGUAAAUGCAGCAACUGUGUAGGGCCAUCAGGAGUUGACCCAUGGCUGGGGCAUGGGGGAAGAGCACUUGCCUUGCAUGUGCCAGGCCCUGGGGUCCAUCCCCCAGCACGGACAGUAGUGCAAGCACUGGUAGACCUCAGAGCAUAUAGAAAAAGUCUUCUCAAUAUAAUGCGCACAGCAGAGGCUUCAGUCCAACCUCACAGCUCACUGGACAGCAGAAAUAUGUCCUUGAUGGAACCAUACAAGUGGAAUGUCCUUACAGGGGCUGUUACCUAAUGACCGGACCUGCCGAUGAGGGUUUCUGUGAAGAAGAUCUCUACUUCUUCAUAAUUAACCCUGGUCACUACAUUUUGUGGAGUACUUCCAAGUCAAAAUACUUUUAAGACUCAUGUGAAAGCUGCAAGGACUUUUGGAAAGCAACUAAUUACCUUCAGGUCAAGAAUUACUUUAUUCAGUCAUUCGAGGUUUCUUGAGGAGGGACCUUUGCUAUAUGUAAUGUUCACCCUGAGCUUUGAAACCUGUCUCACAUUGGGCCUGCCUUACAGGUCUUUCACUGUGGUCUCUGGGAAAGAAGUAUAGGAUGAAAGGGCUUACUGCAUUGUGAGUAUCAUUUUCUAUUCACUUUUUGGGAAGAUGAACUCUGCAAUUGAAAUUAAAUAUUGUCUAAAUUAGCACUUGGAAGAGGCAGAGAAUAGUGACUUUAAGUGAAUACAAGUCACACUUCCUGUGUGCUGGGGGAACUUCUGUAGUUUAUAGGAAAAAUCAUUCCACCAACUGUGAAAUAAAACAGACCAAGAAUGUGCCAUCCUGUGGCUCAUAUUGGAUGAGUCACAAGGCUUAUAGGGACAUAUUGAGGUAGAAAGAAUCCAAGAGAAUGGUAACCACAUUCUUCAUUGAAUGACAGCAGUUCUCAUUUAGCAGAGACUGAAGAAUAAUUACUCUUAUUUUUGAAAUUGAAAGAAUAGUCAUUAGAGUGGAGAAUUUAAAGAACCAGAAUGGGGGCUAGGGGGUGGCUCAGUGGUAGAGCACUUGCCUAGCUUGUGUAAGACCCUGGUUUCUAUCCCCAGCUCCACAAAAAAGAAAACAUAGGAUUUCCUUCAGGAUGAUUAACUGCUGGCCUUACAUUUUGCCACUACUUUCCUAGAAUGUAUCAUUGAUCUGAUGUUUUAAUUAAAAUAUAAUCUUUUCAUUACU